ACAUUAUAUAUUUCAUAUCCUGCUUUAGGGGUAUAAAUAUAAAACUAUGACAUCAAGUGAAAAUGCGGAGAAAAAAGACGAAAAGACUGAGAAGAAAGCGGGAUGGUUGUCAACAUUGAAUUUCGACGGCUACAUGGCGGCCAUAGUAGCGUUCUGUCUAUAUAUGCCAGAUCAAGUACUAUCGGUUUCGUCAAAACAUGCCACAGUAUCGCUUUUGGUCCCAUCGCAUAAUACGGGUAUUUACAUGACUAAAUUAUACGCAACAAAGACUUUAUCAAACUUCACGGGAUCGUUGUCUAUGCUUGUCGUUAAUAUGUUUUUACCUGCUAAUAAAUGGAUCAGUUCAAUAUCGCUAUUGUUUCUCUUAACCGUGCGAAUCAUCCUGAUGGUCUCUUAUUACCUCCCAAAUGCAGCUGUGUGGUUCUACUACUCAUUUAUCGCUCAAGCUUUCAUCAGGGGACUUUUUGAGAACAACUUCUAUCCCCUGGCUGCUGAUCACAUGAGUGUGAUAUCACUUUCAUACAAGGGGUCUAAAUUGAUUAUUUGGACAUUACAGGUUUUAAUGGAUCUUAUCGUCCCAGGAAAAGCAACUGCAAUGAUGUCGGUCCACCUAGCCAUCAUGAUGCUCAUAAACAUAGCAGCUUUUGGUGGGUGGACAUGGUCGUUAUUUGCACGUUGUGAAACACCCAAAUGCGUUCCCAUAGUUGUGCUAGAUAAAAAGCGUGGCUCCAGUGAGAGUAUGACUAGUGUCAAACCUGCUCCUAAGAAUGCGGAAAACAAUGAAAGCAUGUGGACUAUUAUCAAGCGCAUCUACUCGCCAUUCCUCAUGUGUAUGUUCGGUUGGCCUCAGAAGAACUUCUACAGCCCAGGUAUCAUACCGUACUCCCUAGUAGAUCGCAGCCUGUGCCAUGCAAUUAACAUUGCGCUCAUGUUUUUCACGUUCAUCGUCACGUUCGUUAUCCACAUGGUGAAGCAAUACUUCAAAAGUCUAAGUCAGCCUUGGGGCAAACCACCCAAAGGAUGGCACGUAACAUGGUUGUUCAUAAUUCCAACAAUUGGGUGCAUGCCCAUUAUAUACCACGCAAUGCAUUAUCCAGGUGAGAUAAUACAUCGCGUAUUCAGGAAUAACCGUGUUACGACUACUUUGCUGUAUGUUAUUCUAGUAUGCAGUACCACUGUCUUGGACACCUUUGGUUACAUUGGUGUAUCUGCGUGUUCCAAGGAUGAACUAGGACGACGUGGUAAGAACGCCAACAGAAUUAUCGCAAUGACUUCUUUUAGCGCCCAGUUUGUAACUUCGGUCACUUACAGAAUGAGUACAGGUUACCUGAUUGUCUGGAAGAAAUAUGUAGACGAUAUAGCAAACGUUGCACCAACCGAAGACAUGAAUUGGUUUGGACGUGUAGGUUUCUGGAUAAGUAAUUCCGUCCGUGAGGGCGGGUAUGACUUUGUUGAUGAAUUCAAAGGCAACAUUUGGGAAAUCGUCAAGGAUGAAGCAUAAAUUGAACGUAGUCUCACGCAUACAUAUUAGUAUACCGGGUACUAAAUAUGUAUCUGUUUAACUCACCGAACGGCAUAU